CUCGGCCCCGGGCAGGUACUAGUAAUAUAAGGCGCAUACUACUGCGUAUCGAUAUUGUCCUGAUAUGUCUUCCCUACUAUCGGUCUCGGACAUAACGAAGUUGCAGACGGUCAAGGUGAGUCGGGGAAAUAUUUGUCUAUUCGCGAGUGUUGCUCUGAUCACCCCACAGGUGCGAUGGACCUGGUUCAAACCAUGGGAUGUACCUCGUAUCAUGUUCACCAUUUCCCGAUAUUUGCCUUUCGCGGGUGUCGGUAUGACUGCAUAUGACGCACUACGUGACAGCAAUCAGUGUGCCUCUACUGUGGAAGGAUAUAUCAUUCACAUCAUAUGUAUCGUUGCUGCGGAAGGCUUGCUGGUUAUUCGGACCUGGGCAUUCUGGCAAAAGAGUAAACGAUUGCUGAUCGUGUUAUUGGUCUAUAUUGUGUUGUCAGUUUCCGGCGCCAUUGCCACAGACCUCAUCCCUACAAUGUUGAUCCCAGGAGGAACCUGUUAUUUCGAGAGCACGCGCAAUGCUGCGAUCGUAUACAUGUUCUUGGCGAUGUUCGAUAGCGUGAUGCUGAUCCUUACUGUAUAUAAGAGGUUUCACGAUUAUAAAGACUUUCGGAGCGAAAUUAUAGUAACUCUAUACCACGAUGGCAUAUUUUAUAUGUUGUGCAUCCUCGCCGUCACACUCGCCAAUGUUAUCUGUGAAGGUGCACUUCCAAGCGCCUAUAGCAAUAUGUUUGACACGCUACAGGUGGUCAGUCACAGCGUCCUGGCAUCACGAAUUCUCUUCCGCCUUCGAGAAAGCAACGAACGUGUCCACGCACCCUCCAUGUCACUAACGACGCUAGACAGUCAGAUAAAAUAUUUACGACCUUCGUCAAUGUCGAUGAGUGGGACGGGUCCUACCAGUGAAGUUUGAGGCAAUGUAGGUGUAUGCGGAACCAUCAGCCUCUGCUAAAAUUAGAAGCUUCCGCUCUUAUCUAAUGUAUACAGUACGACUCAAUUGUGAUAUUAUAAG